AUGUUCGUUUCCAACGUGCCUUUCAAAAAACGAGAACAUGGUUUCUUUCUAGAGGUGAAUCUCCUCAACCUUGAGAUUCCUGGUGUCGAGAUGCGUGUCCUAUGCCUGCACGGUCGAGGCUCCAACAACGAGAUUUUUAGACUUCAAACAGCAUCGCUCCGUGCCGAUCUCGACGACUUUGAAUUCCAUUUUGUGCAGGGUACUGUGCCUCACACGGAAGGUAACUGGUCACUCUAUACUAAUUCAUUCUCGAAGUUGCCAUUAUACGGAUAUUACAACGGGCUGUCCCCACUUUCGAUAUUACAGACAGAAACGGAUCUUGAACACAUCAUCAAGACAGAAGGACCCUUUCACGGCGUGAUAGGAUACUCAGGGGGUGCGGCGCUCGCUGCCGAGAUCAUCAUUCGCGAUGAGCUUGCGCACCCUUUCAAGUUGCCUGAUGAGCGUCCAUUUCAGUUUGCUGUUUUCAUUAAUGGAGCCUCCCCAUUGAGGGUGUUUCGCUUAGAGGAUGAGAAUGUUGAAGAUGGUGUUAUAGACAUUUCCGAAAUGCUUGCUGAUGCCGAGAGCAUAUUUCUCAGACCAUCGGCUCUGCGGAAGAAAGAUGGUGUUACUGAUGAGGAUCGUGCCAACCAUACCAAAAUGCUGUCUCUUUUGAAACACGUAAUUGGCAAGAGACUAGCCGACGGCACAGUUUUCGUUAGCGAUGGGGAGCAUGGCCUGUGCCGUUACGAGGCUCAUCAUGGUGAACCUUUGAUAUCCAUUCCUACGUUACAUGUCAGAUCACCCGAUGAGAAAGAUCCUCAUCAAGGCCUUCACCUGUCCAACCUGUGCGAAAAGUCGUUAGUACGAGAAUUCUUCCAUGAUUAUGGGCACGACUUUCCGCGUGGAAGGUAUGAGAUGAAAAAGCUCUCACAACUAAUUCGUGAACUAGCAGAGACAAUAUAG